AUGGCACCCAGCCCAGCCCAGUCCACCCCAGCACGGAGUAGACAGUCCGCCCAGGGAGGAGCAAGAAUGCUCCCUGUUUCCACAGCCUCAACCGAGACAAAAGGCUAUCAGUGCCAGGGGUGGCAGUUACAUCAAGAGCAGAGACCCAGGAGCACCACGAGUGGCAGAGUCAGAGCCCUGAGCCCUCAGCAGCAGGACGCCCUAAUCCAGGUGACUGAGAUGCCAUCCUGCAGGAAGCCCUGGCGCAGCAUGGCAAAGGGGCUCCUUCUGGGUUGCCUCUUUACCGGCCUUCUAUUGCUGCUCUACUCGUACAGUGUUGCUCCUUCUCAAGCCACCUUGACCAAGGUCCCAGAACCAGCCCAAUGUUCCUCUCCACCCACCUCACCUGCCAACAUCCCCAAAGGCUCUUGCUGGCCAAAGUUAGAUGUUGUGUUCAUGAAGACUCAUAAGACUGCCAGCAGCACCCUGUUAAAUAUCCUCCUCCGCUUUGGCCAGAAGUACAACCUCAAGUUUGCCUUCCCCAGUGGAAUGAGUGACUUUAACUACCCAUCCUUCUUCAAGCGUAACAUGGUGCACAACUACCAGCCUGGCGACUGCUUCAAUAUCAUCUGCAACCAUAUGCGUUUCUCCUACUCUGAAGUGCAUAGCUUGGUGACCCCCAAUGCUACCUUCAUCACAGUGCUACGGGAUCCAGCCCAUCUCUUUGAGUCAUCUUUCCAGUACUUUGAGGUGUUGGUGCCCUUCACAUGGAAGCUCACGGGCCGCGACAAGCUGGCCAAGUUCCUGCAGGACCCGCACCGCUACUAUGACCCCAAAGGCUUCAACGCCCACUACCUCCGCAACCUGCUCUUCUUUGACCUGGGCUACGACAGCGGGCUGGACCCCCGCAGCCCCCAGGUGGAGGCGCACAUCCUGGAGGUGGAGCAGAGGUUCCACCUGGUCAUGCUGCAGGAGUACUUCGACGAGUCGCUGGUGCUGCUCAAGGAGCUGCUGUGCUGGGAGCUCGAGGACAUCGUCUACUUCAAGCUCAACGCCCGCCAGGCCUCCGCCGUCCCGCGGCUGACUGGCGAGCUCUACCGGCGGGCCACCGCCUGGAACCAGCUGGACGCGCUGCUCUACCGCCACUUCAACGCCAGCUUCUGGCACAAGGUGGAGGCCUUCGGGCGGGAGCGCAUGGCCCGCGAGGUGGCCUCGCUGCGGCGGGAGAACGAGCGAAUGGAAAGGAUCUGCAUUGAUGGUGAGCAUGCAGUGGAUGCCAAGGACAUUGAGAAACCAUCACUGCAGCCCUGGCAGGCAAUGGGGGCAAAGACAAUCCUUGGUUACAACCUAAAGAAGCAUAUCAGUCAUCAGUACAGCCAGUUGUGCCGGAAAAUGGUGACUCCCGAAAUCCAGUACAUGACUGAACUUGGGGUCAAUUUAUGGGUCACCAAAUUAUGGUGGUACAUCAGGAAAUUUCUGCAGAUUUGAUAGAUACCUGACCCUGACCAAUUCUCUCUGUCAUUCCUGGCUCAAAAAACAUGCACAAGGGGUAUCCCUUACUCAGGGCAGAGUGGAUGAACCUUUGGGCUAAACACUCAGGGAAGUAGCCAAGGUAACAAAGUCUGACCUCCACCUUCCAAGACAGGCCAAUAUCUUUCCAUUCUUAAACUAAAUCUGGGUAAGACACACAAUAAAAUGGACCAAGAUCUGAGCAUUACCUCACAGUCCAUUGGGUGAGCUUACAAAUGGUCAAGCCAAAUUAGACAGGAUAUAAGAUGCCUUCAGUCAAGGGCAGCAUUUGAAUAAUUACAUACGUUUAAAAAAAAUUAAGGGACAUUGUCCUUCUAUGGAGCAGCCUCUGAAAUAAAAUAAUUUAUUCCUUCUAUUUUAUGUGUGUAGAAAGUGAGAUUGAGGAGGCUUCCCACGAGAUCAUUCCUUACGAUGUAUUGGCCCAAAUUAUUGGGAUAAAUUCUCUGGACUUCAUUUCCCAGGAUGCUCCACAUUUGGACACUGAGGAUGGACAUUUCUAAGUGAAGACUUGAACGGGUUGUCUUCUGAGAGUCAGGACAUUUAAAAAGUGGGGCUACAAGAGGUGGUCCUGAGUGGAUAUGAGGAGGCUAACCCAGGCCUGGGAAAGACAACAGUACCAGCAGACCACUGAUGACCCCAGAGCAAAAGUAAGAGGUUUCCUUAGAUCCCCAGUCUCCCUCAAGUGACUUUAUAGACCUCAAGACUGCCCUGAGAAGCUUGUCUGUGAGGCAGAGACUCAGAGAUGGGCAAGGUCCCACCCAUAGCCCUCUCAUUGAGGUGGCAUUGGGAACUACCAGGUCAGUCGCUUUCAGGAAGUGAACCUGAACUCUAAGAUUUUUACUCCUGAGUCAUGAGUUUGGAAGUGAUUCUCCCCCAAAUUCUGGGUGAUUAAGAGUUAUAUUAUAAUCACCUUAGAGUUUGUAAGGGGAUUCACCCAUUUGCAUAUAGGGCCUAAGAAUGGCUCUAAUGUUAGGUCAUCUUAACCCUGUUAUUUUCAUUGCUUUUGUGUCUAAAUUAAUUUGAUGAGAUUUCACCAUGAGAUUGCAGCUGGAACAGCACCAGGAGACAUAGCUAACAUAUUGGAUAAUGACAGAGUCAGGAGCCAAAAAGAUCAUGACAGACCAGACUAGAGCUUCGGGCUGAAAGGCAGAAGAUGAAUUUCAAUGGUGAUCAAUGUGAAGUCUUACAUUUGGUUCAGAAGAUCGUCAACAUAAGGACAAGAAUGAGGGGCCAUGAUUAGACAUUAGGUUGUUUGGGGAAAGGUCUGGGAGUCUGAGUGAACUGUAAACCUAAAAUGAGCCAGUAAUGUGAAAGGGCACCCAAAAAAUCUGAUGCUUUCUUGGCCUGAAUAAAGAAGGGCAGAGCCCCAAAGAGAAGGAAGGUAAUUGUCCCUCCAUGUCCUGCCAUGGUCCU